AUGCCCAGUAUUAUGUAUUCUUUUAGAAUAGGGCAAUCAACUGUGUCAGAAUUAAUUAAAGAAUGUUGUUUGGCACUGUGGGAAGUACUAAAAGAUGUAUUACUUACACCAAAUAAGCAGGCCUGGUUGGAAAUAGCUGAAGGAUUCAGUACUUUGUGGAAUAUGCCCAACUGUAUAGGAUCAAUAGAUGGAAAACAUAUUGUUCACCAAGCAUUUGUUAAUAGUGGUUACAUGUAUUUUAAUUACAAAGGAGCUCAUAGCAUUAUACUCUUAGCUAUGUGUGAUGCGAAGUACAAUUUCACUGUAGUUGAUAUUGGAGCACCAGAACGUUGUAGGGAUAGUAGGGUAUUAGGCAAACAAAUAAUAAGAAAUGAAAUAGAUUUUCCUGAUCAUAGACCUAUUGACAGUGAAAAUGGACCUAUUCCCCAUUAUAUUGUAGCAGACAAAACGUUCAUGUUAUUAUCCAAUGUUAUAAGACCCUAUCCUGGUAGAACAAAAGCAAAUUUGCCUAUUGAUGAAGCAGUUUUCAACUAUAGGUAA